AUGGAAAGAGGAGAAUCUGCAACAAAGCCACUGCCAAGACAAAAAAGAAUUUUGCAAUUGUUUAAAAGAGGAGGAUGCCUGGGUAUACAGAAUGAUGAAGAUCGCUAUGAGUACUCAAUAGGUACAUCUAAGAAAGCCAAUCAAGAAAAUAGUCUCUUGGAACAAAUGAAGAGCUUUUCAAAUGAGACUCUUUGUAAACUCAAUUACACUUUAGCUAAAAAUUAUAGUACCAUAGAAGCGUCACACGGGAACAAAUCCAAGCCUAAAGAUUUUUUGGGAAAAUGUAAACCAGGUGGUUGCUUGGACCCUCCAUUUAAUGAGGAAAAAUACUCAUACCUUCCAAAGCUUAUCGUGCCAGAAUCAGAAAAAAGUAUAACAAAAAUGAAACAAAAUGAACCUGAAUAUAAUAAAGAAAUAAAAAAUGAAAGCACUACCAAAUUUCCAGGCAUUGAUUUUACAAAUGCUGGAGUUAAAAAAGAAAAAUCUAGACCCAGAAAGAAGAGGACACAAGUAGAG